CUUCUUACAAAUGUGUACCAUCUGGAAGAGAAAAUAUAACCCUGUAAUCAAAGACUGUAUGAUGAAAUUCAGUAUAAUGUUACAUCCAGUGAAAUAGACCACAUUGGCUCUUAUUCAAUAACCUGUGUGAAUAAAUGAAAUACAGAUGGGUACAUUUUGUAGUGAAGUAAUUGAAGUUGAAUUCAGAACCGACAGAAGGAUUUAUUUCCAGGAGACAAAAACAAGUAAAAUAUAGCAUUUUGAUUCAUUGUAUUUAAUUAAAAGUGAAAAAAUGUGGAGGACACAUUACAAUAUGUUAACUGUUCUAAUGGAAUUCAGAUAUAGAAACCAUGUAAGAUUUGAAGCAAUUAUAAGGAGUGUUUCAUCUGCAUGCUUUACACAGAAACACAAUAGAGGAUUAAACUCACAGAGAUUAUGCACUACCCAGGGAAACCCUCUUGGUUGGACCUCACUGAAAGGGAGACAUGUACCUGUCUAUAGAACUGACCCCCUUGGUUGGACCUCACUGAAAGGGAGACAUGUACCUGUCUAUAAAACUGAGUUCAAAUGUCAGAUGAGAGAGAUGAGUACUAGUACACAGAAUUCUAAAAUAGAUUCUGUACUCCAAAAGGUAGUUGAAAGUCUUGAAAUUGAAGGUGAAGAAGUGACUCCAACUAACUAUGCAGAGUUGAGGAAUAAACUGGAUCUUUUAGUACAGUAUGGCUGUGACAUACAUCUUAUACACAACCAUAUUGAUGUCCUUGAUUUAUCUAGCACUGAAAUCCAAGAGUAUGGAGAAAGACUUAAGGCUGCAAAUAUGUCUAAAAUAACACCUGAUCUGUUCUUAACAAGUGAUGAAUCUAAGUUAGCUUCAGGUACUACGAAGCUUGUAUUGGAAAAGAAAUCUUCUACAAGAGACGAAAUAUUAAAGAGCAAACUGAACUGUACAACUCAGACAGAAUGGCAUGAAGUUAAAAAGCACUUCCCUUAUAAAAAUACAUUUGGUGGUACCUUGGAACUCUUUUCACGAGCUUGUGCUAAAGUUGACUUACUAUUGGAGUUUGGAUUGAGUGCAAAAGAAAUAAAAAGCCAUCCAAAAGUUUUAUCAAAGCAGAUUAGUACUAUUCAGCAGAGAAUUGAGUGGAUUAAAAAGAAUUACCCCUUUGUAAAUAACAGAACCCGACUUGCCCUACUGAAUUAUGAUUACAAAAAGAUGGAAAAGGUAAAGAUGCAGCUGGAUAGAUAUUCCUGUGUCUGGUCAGGAUGUCUUACAAAACAGGAAGCUGUAAAUCAACUUCAGCAAAUAGCCCAAAUUAUACAGCAAAGUAAAAACUCUGUUCAACAUAUUCAAGAGGAGAUACAAGACAUUGGCAAUGUUGAGAUGAAAGAAGAACAUGUCCAGUUGGUAUUGAAGGGAAAAAGACUUAAAUCGCUGAAAAAUAAAUUGACUUAUUUUCUGCAACUGGGAAUUUCCAUUGAAGACAUUGGUGAAAAUAUAUUAUGUGUUACCCCACAACUUAAAGAUAUAAAAAAAACUGUAAACAAUUCAAAAGCGAGUUAUAUUCAUGAAGCUGUGUUACUUCCUCAGAACUUGAAGAUACAGAAUUCCCCUGCUUUGAAGGAUGUUGACUCGGACAUGCAUGGUUUAUCAUCAGUUCCCAAAUUAAAACACUCUUCAAAAGUCAAAUCUGGAAUUUCUGAGUUAAAAGAUGUUCUGCCUCUGGCAGAUUUUGAAGAGUUACAAAAUAUAGUUCCUGAAUCAAAGUGGAAGAGCAGUAUUAAAAUCAUUCUGUUUUUGAUAAGUGAAGGGUACAGUGUUAAAGAUAUUAAAUGCAAUCUACAGAUUUUACAACGAAGUGUGACAAUGCUUAGAGGACGUUUAGAUAAAGUCAGACAGGUUACUUUAGAAGUACAACCAUCCAUUGGCCUAUUGACACUUAAUCCUUACAGAUUUAGAAGUUACCUAAAGGAUUUAGAAAAAUACAGAAGGUCUUUAGGAGAAUCAACAACAAAAACUGAGAAACUUAGACAAUCAUUGAACUUAAACCAAUCUCAGACCAUGAUACUGGAUCCUAUUCUUCAUUUCAAUUUAGAUGACUUGAAAGCGCGAAUGAACUAUCUACAAGAAAUUGGAAUUACUAAAGACAGUAUUGCCAAUGAUAUAUUUUGUCUAAGAAUUGCUGUGUCACGGUUAAAAGAAGUUGUCAAAGAGUUGAAAGAAGACGGAGACAAAAAAAUAACAUUGAUGCAAAUCACUGAGCAUGCUGCUGGGAAUUUAGAAAUAGGGAAUAAAAAUAAUGGAACAGCAUUCUUUAUAAAAGAUAAACUAGGGAUGAUUGGUAAAUGGGACAAGAUUCAGAUAAAGUACUUUAAUUGUUCUACUGUAGAUGUAGAAAGAAAUUUCAAACUUUUAAUAGAAAAUGGAUUUACAACGGAGAUAAUGAGAACAUGUCCAUAUAUUUUAGGACACUCCUGUACGAUAUUAGAAGAAUAUCUGGAGAAAGUGAAACAAAUGCAGGCCUCAGACAUGUAUCGGGAUGUAUUGAGAGACAAAGUUAAACUACUAAAUGUCUUACAGUAUAGGAUAGAACAGGACCAUAACUUUCAACCCGUUGUCAAUGAUAACACACCUGUUACUAGGGAGGAAGCUGUUGAACUUUUGUACUUCAAACAAUAAAAAAAUCCUAUUACCUGA